AUGUAUCCAAACCUAUUCAAUGGGCUCGGACUAAAGGACAAGGACCUCUCAAAGUAUGAUACGCCUCAAGUCGGGUUUGAUGGCAAGGUGGUGAUUCCCCAAGGACAAAUUUCCCUUCCCGUAAAUAUGAAAGGUAAGGAGGUGGUAGUAGCAUUUAUAGUAGUUGCUUCAUUUUCUCCAUAUACGGUGAUUCUAGGAAGGCUAUGGAUUCACGCAAUGGGGGCUAUUCUGUCCACCCUGCAUGUUAAGGUUAAGUUCCGUACCAAGCAAGGUAUUGCUGUAGGAGUAAAUAUGAAGGGCGAAGACAGGGUGGAGAUGCUACUAUUCCUUAUAAAUAAUGUAGAUGUGUUUGCUUGCAGCCCAUAUGAAGUGCCCAGGGUAGAUCCCGAAUUCAUAGUCCACAAGCUUAAUGUAGACCCAUCAUUCCCUCCUAAGAAGCAGAAGCCAAGGAGGUCAGCUAAGGAACAUGUUGAGGUAGUUAAGUUCGAGGUUAAGAGGCUAAAGGACACUGGGGUGAUAAGGGAAAUUUUCUUCUUGGAGUGGCUGGCCAAUACUGUGGUGGUGAAGAAAAAGAAUGGAAAGUGA